CAUUCCUCCUCCCCCUAAUCCUCUUCCACUCCCCAGAUCCCGCCUCCUUCCGCCACCGAGCCGCCGCCUACAGUCGGAGCAGGUUCCAGAAGGGUGGGGUGCUUGUUCUUCCAAGGGCGUGGGUACAUGAAUGUGCUGUUCCUGAAUCAGCAGUCGCGAGAACUGAAUCCAUCAAGUUCGCGCCUUUGCUGACCAUCACCAUUUCCCCUUCCCCGCAAUGGAAGGCGGCAAUCUUCUUGGCGUUUCUUACCCUGAGGCCGCCAACAAUGUCGAUGCCGAGCCACGCGACGAUUUAGGGGCGUCACAGAUGCAAGUAGAUGGACCUGUUGCUCUCAACCGAGCUGCAGACCUCGAGCCGGUUGAUGCGAUGGCUAUUGACGAUGCCCCGGCUCAGGCAUCGAGCCAACCGGCGCUGGAGAAGCAGUCUCCUCCUGCGCUGAUGGACACCAUCGUGGAAGUGCAGAAGCAGCUGAAGAGGAAGAGGGCCUCCAGUGGCCCGGCUCUUGCUGCUGCAGACAAGGAUGCGCUUGUUGCCGGAUGUCGCCAAGAGCUCGAUGGACUGCUGGAGUAUUACAGGGAGGUUUCUGGUCACAUGAUGCAAUUCGAAGCCGGCAAACUGUCGACCAAUGCUGCUGUUGGGUGCUUGCUGGAGGAGAGCAAUCUUGGGUUGUCCAAGUUGGUGGAGGAGAUAUGCGAGAAGCUGAAGGGAAUGGAAGGUGUUUCGGCGGCUUCGGUUCGAAGUUCUGUGCUGCUCAUUGGGCAGAGGAUGAUGUAUGGGCAAUCUAGCCCGGAUGCUGAUGUGCUGGAAGAUGAAUCAGAGAUGGCUCUUUGGUGCUGGGAGGUAAGAGAUUUGAAGGUGAUUCCUCUGAGAAUGCGUGGACCUCUGAGUACACGUAGAACUGCUAGAAAGAAGAUUCAUGAGAGGAUUACUGCUAUCUAUUCUACUUUAUCUGUUCUAGAAGCUUCAGGAGCUGAAGCUCAAGUAAAUGAUAUCAGGAAAGUAUCACUAAAGUUAAGCAAAGUACUGAACCUGGAAGGUAUUAGAUCAUUGGUGGAAAGAUUGGCACAAAAGAGCAACAUUGAACGGGGUGCCAAAAAUAUUGGAUCAACAGCUAAGGAGUCAAUGCAAGAGAUGGUGAAAAGCAAUAAUGAUACUGGGAUUACUGAGAAUGUGGAUAACUCUGAGCUGCAAAAAAACGUCUCAACUAAUGAAAAGGAAAUUCAGAAAGCACAGAAACAAAUUGAAAAGGAGCUAAAACAGAAGGAGAAAGAAGAUGCUCAAAUGAGAAAACUACAAAAGAAACAGCUGAGAGAACAGAAGCGGCGUGAAAAGGAAGAAGCUGAAAGGAAGAAGCAGCAUAAAAGGCAGGAAGAUGAAGCACUGAAAGAACAGAAGCGGCGUGAAAAGGAGGAAGCUGAAAGUAGAAAGCAACAAAAGAAGUCGCAAGAGGAAGUUGAGAAAGAACAGAAGCGCCGUGAGAAGGAAGCUGUACAACUCAAGAAGCAACUGGCCAUCCAGAAGCAAGCUUCUAUGAUGGAGCGUUUUUUCAAAAAUAAGAAAGACACUGAAAAACUUGAUAAAUCUGGAGGAAAGGACUUAGCUGUUCAAACCAUUGAUCCAUGCACCACCAAUAAAGAGGUAGUAUCAUUGGUUACAUCAAGAAUUGAUUCUUCCUUCUCUCAAAAAGAAAACUGGUCUUUGGAGGACCUUCGCAGGCUGCAGAUUGGUGGUUGGCAGAAGUUAUCUAACCAUAACAGGUCCUCCAGGUGGGGGAUCAGAAACAAGCCUAAGAAAGAGGCAUUUAAAGAGCUAAAACUUCAGAAAUCCUCUGAUGAUAUGCUUGAGGAUGUUCUUUCUACUCCUAAUGAAGAUACCAGCCACAACUUAAGUCAGGAAAAUGAAUCAGAUAAGCUUGCAAAUGAUGUUGAUAUGCUACCUGUGGCUGAGCUACAUUGUCAUGGCACCAAUCAUGCUAAUCCUAUGCCAAUCAGAUCAAUAAAGAGAAAGCUUUUGCAAUUUGACAAAAGCAACAGACCUGCAUAUUAUGGGACUUGGAGGAAGAAAAGUGCUGUUGUUGGCCCAAGAUGUCCACUUAAGAUGGAUCCUGAUCUUGAUUAUGAGGUUGAUAGUGAUGAUGAGUGGGAAGAGGAGGACCCUGGUGAGAGCCUUUCUGACUGUGAGAAGGACAACGAUGAAGUUAUGGAGGAGGAUUCCAAAAUCACAGAUGAAGAGGAAGAUAGCUUUGUUGUACCUGAUGGUUACCUCUCAGAUAACGAGGGGAUUCAAAUUGAAAGCCUCUUGGAUGACAAGGAUGAAGAAGCCACUAGCUCACCACCUGACCAGUGUACAGAAGUUGAGGAAUUUAGGGCUCUCUUACGCCAGCAAAAAGUGCUAAACACUUUGACCGAGCAGGCUCUCCGCAAGAGCCAACCUCUAGUGAUAUCAAACUUGAGUAAUGAAAAAGAUGAAUUAUUGACUGCCGGAGACCUCAAGGGAACAGCCAAGAUUGAGCAGCUCUGCCUGCAAGUUCUUUCAAUGCGGAUCUGUCCGGGAGGUGCAACUAUUGAUGCACCGGUUAUUGACAGUUCAUCGGCAAGUGCUGAGGAAACCAAUCAGUUGAAUGUGAAGAGUAGUCCUGCUGCUGCUUCAGCUAUACCAGACACUGAUCUGACAGAAAUUGUUAAGGUUAUACGAUCAUGCCGUGAUGGUAUCAAUAAGUUGGUUGAUUCACUGCACCAGAAAUUUCCAAGUGUUUCGAAGUCACAACUGAACAAGAAAGUGAGGGAGAUUUCUGAAUUUGUCGAUAAUCGCUGGCAGGUCAAGAAAGAGGUCCUUAGCAAGCUAGGCUUAAGUUCAUCUCCUGCGAAUUCCAAGAAGCCCAAGAGCAUAGCAACGUACUUCUCCAAGAGGUGUUUGCCUCCGGAGGAGGCCAGCAACGCCCUGGAGUCUUCACCCGAGCUUCGCCAGAAGUCCAAAACCAUCCAAACCGUCAAUGGCGGCACCGAUGUUCCUCAGAUCAAUCUGCUCCCCUCGUCCCAGUAGGAUUCUGAAGCAUCUUCGGUUCACCUGGAUUAGCAGAUGCUUAGUCACUACAGUCUGCAGAAAGGCUACUGUCUGGAGCGCAACUCCAUUUUGCAACCUUUCGCUGAAGAAGAGCAAGAAGAUGGUCUUGCUGUCGAUGUUGUAGACAGUAAUGUGUUAUAACUUGAUGAUGAUGGAUUCUUUUUUGAUGCGUUCUUUGUCUGCAUUUGAUAUGUAUCUAUCUAUUGUUAACGCAAGCUGAAGCUGAUUAAAUGUGAUUUAUCUAUGCAAAAUCAUUGACAACCUACUGAAAAAAAUUGUCCUCUUUCAUUGGGUUUGUGCAGAUAGGCUUAUUUUGAGAUCAAAUUUAUGGUGGAUAUGCAUUGCAUAGCAC